AUGCGAAAAUUUACUUCCCAGAUUGAGAAGACCGGAAUACGGCGCGGGGAUAUUCCGCCGGCUGGCCACGCAGCGCGGCGCGAGCGACCAGCGAGGCGGCGACCGAGCGCCACGACGAGGCUGAGGGCCGCUGCGCCGGCGCGAGGAGGAAGACGAGGAGGCGGGGGCGGCGGAGGAGGAGCGCCGGGCGGCGGAGGUGGGGAGGAGGCGGAGGAGGAGGACGGGCGGGGAUCGACAGCGGCCGCCAGGGCGCGCGGACGCUCACGCCCUAACAACACGGCGCCAGCAAUGACAACUUCGCAAGCGGUGAUUUAUAAUAAUAAUAAUAAUAAUAAUAAUAAUAAUAAUAAUAAUAAUAAUAAUAAUAAUAAUAAUAAAUAA